AAGUUUUCUCUGGGUUUGUCUUAAGAUAAGGAUUGUCAAGACCAUGGAUCCUGAUAAAAGAUAAGAUUUCACACCUUGACCUCACACUGGAUAAAACAGUUGAGGUUUACAGCUCAUGUGAAAUAGACUGGACACAAUUCUAGAAAAAUAGGUUUAACUGCUGAACGAUUUUAGUAAAAUAAGUUAAACUACUGAACAAUUCUAGUGAAAUAAGUUAAGCUGCAGAACAAUUCUAGUGAAAUAGGUUAAACUGCUGAACAAUUCUAGUAAAAUAGGUUUAAACUACUGAACAAUUCUAGUGAAAUAAGUAAAACUACUGAACAAUUCUAGUGAAAUAAGUAACUACUAUACAAAUCUGAUGAGUAUUUGUUAAACCCAAAGAAAAGAAAAAAGGAGCUUCUGAUCCACAAAAAAAUCCCACCUGCACUCAAUAAAGCUAUGGUGCUUGAAUCAAAUAAGCAGCUAUUUAGCAUCACCUGAAUGAUAUUAAUAAGCUUCAGAAAAGAAACAGUUCGAAGCCGAUACAUUUUUUACUUAUACACUUUGUUGCUGAUAUAGUUUUGCAGCUGAUAAACUUUGCAUCAGAUAAACUUUGCAUCAGAUAGACUUUGCAAUUGAUAGACUUUGAAGCUGAUAGACUUUGCAAUUGAUAGACUUUGAAGCUAAAUUGCCAAGAAUGAACCUGACCUACGCCCAAUGGGAACUGAUUGUUUGGAUUUGUUUAGUUUACAUAACUUGGGGUCUUACAGAUAGCAUACAGGCUCCGUUCUAUCCAAUAGAAGCUGAGAAAAAGGGCGCGAAUGCCGCUGAAUAUGGAAUUGUGUUUGGAAUCAUUCAUCUGUCAAUGUUCCUCUCCGGGCCCUUGUUCGGGAAGUACAUGGGACACCUGGGCGUAUACAGGGUUUUUAUAUUCGGAGUUAUCUGUACAGCGCUGUGUGGAUGUUUAUUCGGUCUUCUUACCUUCCUUCCAACUACAUGGUCAUUUCUAGGGGUUUCAUAUGCUCUCAGGAUCCUGGAGGGAGUAGCUGAAGCUGGUGCCUGGGCAUCUGUCCUUACAAUUCUAUCUGCUGAAUACAAGGAACAUGUCACCUACGCAUAUUCACUCACGCAAGCAUCAUUUGGGUUCGCUGAGAUCCUGGGACCGUCUAUAGGAGGAAUAAUGUUUGAGAAAGGAGGGUUCGCUCUUCCCUUCGAGUUUAGUGGAAUUCUUUGUUUAAUUAUUGGAACCAUCACGAUAAUCAGAUUACCCAAGUUGGUUGAAACUAGCCUGGAUUCACAUGAAACCAAGCAGAAUCCAUCCGAGGUGUUUAUCAUACUGUUGAAGGAUCCUGGUGUCUUGUUGGCUCUGGUUGGAACAAUGUUCGGAGCAGUUUGUCAGGGUUUCAUCGAAACCUUCCUGGAAGAAUACCUGGCAAUCUUCGGUCUCUCCGUCUCACAGAUCGGAGUUUCAUUUCUUGCGAUGAGUGUUCCCUACAUGAUAAGUACUCCUAUUUGGGGAUAUCUCGUGGACUCCUGGGUUCAGCCGGAGUACAUUUCUCCGAUAGGAAACAUUCUGAUCGCAACCUCUUUGCUACUGAUCGGUCCUAUUCAGUAUCUGAGCAUCCCACCCAGCUACGCCCUCACCGAAGGAGGACUCGCUCUGCUUGGGAUCGGAACUGCCGCAACUCUAACAGCAACCUUCGCGCUAACCCAAAAGCACGCAGUGCGCCGGCUACCUGACCUGGACGAGGACGGAUCCUCCGUUAUUUCCAGUCUCUGGACUUCGGCCUUUGCUCUAGGAAACUUCUUGGGGCCAACAGUCGGAGGACCUCUGGUGGAUUGGUUGAACUUCGCUGGAUCUACUCCGAUCUUACAGAUUUGGGCUCUAGUCAUGCUUAUAACUGAUAUCCUUGUUUUGUUCUGGUUGGCGAGAAAUCCUUUAGUUACUCGGAGAAAGGGACCAACAAGAGAACUUUACACUAGGAUUGAGUGACCGAAACUGCACUGAGCUUUAAAUACAUACUUCUGAAUCAAUAUUAGCUUAAAAUUUAGUUGUUUAAUAUCAAAUAUACACAUUUGUCCAUACUUUUU